AUGGACGAGUUUUCUAUCAAGGGCAAGACCGCCGUUAUUACCGGCGGAGCACGCGGCUUGGGCUUUGCCUUUGCCGACAUCCUGUCCGAGGCUGGCGCGAACAUUGCCAUUCUGGAUGUCGGCACUCCAAAGGAGGGAUCGCUGGAGUCCCUGUCGGAAAAAUACGGCGUCAAAGUAAAUGUCAACGCUGCUGGUGUUGUGACCGACGAAUCUUUUCUAACCACGUCCGACAAGAACCUUGCCUCGACGUUCAAUGUCAAUUUCAUUGGGUCUUUCCUCGUCGCUCAGGCUUGUGGCAACGCCAUGGUCAGGAAAUGGGAGAAGUUGGGCAAGCCCAAGCCAGCCGAUUCAGCAUCAAUGGGCUCCAUCAUCUUCAUUGGAUCAGUCGCCACACACAUUAGUACCUACGUCCAGCAGAUCACGUGCUACACGGCAUCAAAGGCAGCCAUCUGUGGUCUUGUGAAGCCCAUGGCCAUGGAAUUGGCACAAUACGGAAUUAGAGUGAAUAGCCUCUCCCCAGGUUCGAUGAGAACGGACAUGUUUUUGCAGGUGGAGAAGGUCUUUCCGGACUUGACCAAGCAGUUCAACCAGGAGUCCAUGUUUGGACGCGUUGGUUACCCGAAAGAGCUGGGACCAGCCCUCAUGUACCUCGCGACCAGCAACUGGACUACUGGUCAAGAUAUAUUGGUAGACGGCGGUGUGAGUUCAUGGAAGCACAGAGGCAGUUGGUGA